GCUUGGCCCUACAGCCCGCCUUUGUCAGAACAUUCAUGCUCACCAUCAGAUGCCGCUGCUAUACCGGAAGAAGUAGACUACUUGGGCGUAAAGAUGCUGCCAGCGUACGCCGGUCGACCUUACACUGGGGGGAUUGUUCCCGGCGUCGCAUAUCCCUUUCAUCGCGCAGCUCAAUUGUGGUCCUUUUUGAAUAACCGACGCAUUGUUUCACAUUAAUCUGCACCAAAUACAAUUUUGAAGCAGUCAAGCAGCAGUAAUCCAAAAUGAAAUACCUUUGCGUUGCCGAGAAGCCGUCCGUCGCCAAAUCAGUCGCAGAGAUCCUAUCAGGCGGGCAGUUUCACAAUCGCCCAGGCAAGGAUCAAUACUGUCGCAACUACGACUUCCAAUACCGUUUUGAUGAUGUCGGCUUCGUAAACAUGACCAUGACUUCUGUCCGCGGACAUCUUACCAACUCAGACUUUGAACCUGAGUAUAGAAGUUGGAGGAGCUGCGACCCUAGUGCUCUCUUUGAGGCUCCAAUCGUGACCUCCAUUAGUGAUGAUGCCAAACGCAUCAGCAGAAACCUCGGCGACGAAGCACGCAACGCAUCGAUGCUGAUCAUUUGGACCGACUGCGACCGAGAAGGCGAGCAUAUCGGUGCAGAGAUCGUCCGAGAAGUACGUAAGGCCAACCGCCAGAUCGUGGUCAAACGCGCGCGAUUCAGCGCGAUCAUUUCCAAUCAAAUCCAUGCCGCUUGCCGAAAUGCAGAGCAGUUGGAUUGGCAUGCUGCUUCCGCUGUCGAAGCCAGAAUGGAGCUGGAUCUGCGCAUCGGCGCCAGCUUCACGCGCAUGCAGAGCCUGAGGUUGCAAGCCAGGUUUCCCGCUGAGCUCGAAUCGCAAGUCAUAAGCUACGGGCCUUGCCAAUUUCCUACGCUCGGGUUCGUCGUCGACCGAUACGACAAGGUGGAGAAUUUUGUCCCGGAGGCAUUCUGGUACAUCUCGCUCGAGCACCGGCUGCCAGCAAACCAAGGUGAUCAAGGGGAAGGCAGAACAGGGACAGGCAUGUCAACAGCCUUUACUUGGGAAAGAGGACAUCUGUUCGAUUAUGCUAUUGUCCAAAUGCUGCAUCGCCGCUGCCUUGCAGCUGCCGAGGCAGUCGUCACGAAUGUGCAGAAAAAGCCCACAAAGAAAUGGAAACCCUAUCCUCUCACCACUGUCGAGUUGCAAAAGGCAGGCUCUCGCCUGCUUCAUCUGGCUCCGAAGAAGGUGCUAGACAUCGCCGAAGCACUUUAUAACAAAGGAUUUCUCUCCUACCCCCGUACAGAGACAGACACAUACGAUAAAGAUUUCGACUUCCACUCUUUGAUUGAAAAACAGCAGUCGAAUGAGUCAUGGGGCCAUUAUGCGCAGACUUUGAAUGGCGACCGAGGCCACUUUGACCGACCACGCGAUGGCAAGAAGAAUGACCAAGCGCAUCCUCCGAUCCAUCCCAUCGCCCAUGCACCGUCACUAGUUGGAGAUGACAAGCGCGUGUACGACUACGUUACCCGACGCUUCCUUGCAAGCUGUUCGCGCGAUGCCGUGGGGUGGCAGACGACCGUCACUGUUGAGAUGGCUAGUGAGGGCUUCCAGGCAACUGGCCUAGUGGUCACAGAGCGGAAUUUCCUCGACGUGUACCCUUACGAGAAGUGGGAGAGCAACGUCCUGCCCGACAUCUACCAAGCUGGCUUCUCCUUUAUCCCCACGCCUCCUGCCGGCGAGUGCGCUCUGAAAGAGGGGCAGACGACCCGGCCAAAGUUGCUUACGGAAGCGGAUCUGGUCGGCUUGAUGGACAAGAACGGUAUUGGCACAGACGCGACAAUUGCAGAACACAUUACUAAAGUGAUUGAUCGGCAGUAUGUUAUGAUGCAAACCGAAGGGAGGAUCAAAUAUCUGGUGCCUUCAACGCUUGGUAUCGGGCUCGUUGAAGGCUACAACAAAGUCGAUCUGGAGAAGAGCCUCAGCAAACCUUUCUUGAGGAGAGAAACAGAGCAUCGCAUGGACCUCAUCGCGCGCAACGAGCGGACAAAGCAGGAAAUCAUCGACGAAACACUGGACGAGUAUCGUGCGGUGUUUGUCACCGUCAACUCGCGCUUCCAGACUCUCAUCGAUAGCGUCGGCAAGUACUUUGGCGUGGAGGGUGGCGAAGAGAGCGGACAAGACGAGAACGCCUUUCUCGAAUUCGGCAGCGAUGGUGACGGAGGAGAUGGGGGAGGAGCCGAUGGUGGGCAUGGAGGUGGUCGCCGCGGCCGGGCUCGUGGCAGCAGGCAGCCAGGAACUCGACCCUCACGAAGGCCGCACGGACGGCGAGACGCCAAUGUCACGAGUCGUGAGGACGGUGUCGAUGAUGGCGACGACAAAGAUGGUGGCUUCGGCGCUGGUCAACCACCACAUAAAAGAGCUCGCGGUGAGCAUCGGGCAGGGCCAGCGCCGACCUGUGCAUGUGGAGAAGAGACUAUCAGAAGGCAGGUCAAGAAGGAUGGUCCGAACAAAGGGCGCUGGUUCUGGGCUUGCCACAGGCCCCGUGAUGAGGCACAGUGUGACUUCUUCGAGUGGGCGGAUGGCCCGAGCAAGCGCUCGUCAGCAUCUGCAUCGAGUGCCGCUGCCAACAAUGCACGCCCAGCACGCCAAGCAUUCGCAUCAACCUCAGCAAGCACUGUGCAAUCUGACAGAUCCCCUCCACAGUGCCGGUGUCAGGAAGCAUCCGUGGAGAGGACAUCAGGCAAGGAAGGCGCGAAUCAAGGGCGAAAGUUCUGGGCGUGCGCCAAGCCGCGGGAGGAGCAAUGCGGAUUCUUUGAAUGGCUCGAAGGGCCAUCAUGCGCUUCUAAGUGCGGAGGACAGUAUGGGCGCUCUGUCUCUUGUACGGGCGCAGGACAGACGGCACGAAGUUUGCAAGACGAAGGCGGAGAAGAAGACGCAAGGUACUGCAAGUGCAGUGAGCCUGCGGCUUUCUUGACCGUCGCCAAAGACGGGCCGAAUCAGGGCCGGCGAUUCUACGGCUGUGCCAAGCCGCGCGACGCUGGCUCGUGUGGCUUUUUCGAAUGGGCUGACGAACCGCCGCGCGAGAGCGGCGGAAGGUGCGCUGGGCCCUCCAGUCUUGGACAUGCGGGCAGAAACGGAGGUGCCGAGGGCUGGGCCUCCCGUUCGCGUGCCGAUGAUGCGGACGCGGAGAAACGAAGGUGUGAUUGUGGCUUGGAAGCCGCCCUUAAGACAGUCUUCAAAGAAGGACCCAACAAAGGUCGUGAAUUUUGGUGCUGCUGCAAGGAGAGCGAACGCCUUCGCUGCAAGUUUUUCGAAUGGGCAGACGGACAGGAGUCCCGCGGCGGCGGUGGCACGGGGAAUCGGUCAUCCAUGUCUGCAUCGCCUCAGCGUCCCGCUGGCAAGGACUACUCGGGGAGGAGCGGUAGUGGAAGCGCGCGGGGAAGUAGAGGUGGAGGGCGGGGGAUAGGGGGGAGAGGGGGGAGAAAGGGCAGCGGAGGAGGGACAGUUGGCGGGGGUGCCGGCUCAUGCUUCAAUUGUGGGAAGAGGGGACAUUGGGCAUCAGAAUGUCCAGUAUGA